AUGUCUCUAAGCGACCACCCCAAGGCCUACGGCACGGCCGCCGUGGCCGUGGCCUUUGUCGCCGGCGUGUGUGUGACGCUCGGCUUCAAGGACCUCUACCCGGACCUCCAGCGCCGCUACGAGCAAGGCUCCUCGCGCCGCGCAGCACCGGCGACAGCAGUGGCCCGCCGUCGCCAGAGCACCGCAUCCACCGCCACCACCUCGUCGACGGCGCGCCGCCGCCGCUCCUCCUUCUUCUGGGCGCCCGUCCGCCUCGAGGACCACGAGUCGCCGCCCUCGUCCGUCCCGCCCGCCGCCGGCAGCGCCGCCGCGUCCUCGGCCGAGCCGCCGCCCAUCGCGCACGGCAUCGAGGCCACGAUCGGCAACACCCCGCUCGUCGAGAUCCGCUCCCUGUCGGCCGCGACGGGGCGCACCAUCCUCGCCAAGGCCGAGUUCCUCAACGGCGCCGGCAACAGCCCCAAGGACCGCGUCGCCCUCAACCUCAUCCGCGAGGCCGAGGCCGCGGGCCUGCUCGUCCCCGGCCGCGGGGACACCAUCUACGAGGGCACGUCGGGCAGCACGGGCAUCUCGCUGGCGACGCUCGCGCGCGCCAUGGGCUACCGCGCCCACAUCUGCAUGUCGGACGACCAGUCCGUCGAGAAGGCGCAGCUGCUGCACCACCUCGGCGCCACCGUCGAGCGCGUGCCCGUCGCGCCCAUCACCGACCCGGGCCACUUUGUCAACCGCGCGCGCAGCCGGGCGCGCGAGCACUGCGCCGCCGCCGACGCCGCCGCCGACAAGGCGACGGCCUCGCGCGGCUUCUUCGCCGACCAGUUCGAGAGCGCGGCCAACUACCGCGCGCACCAGGGCACGACGGGCCCGGAGAUCCUGGCCCAGACGGGCGGCGAGAUCGACGCCUUCGUCGCCGGCGCGGGCACGGGCGGCACCGUCACGGGCGUCGCAAAGUACCUCAAGGAGGACGCCGGCCUGCGGCGGUCGGUGCGCGUCGUCGUCGCCGACCCGCACGGCAGCGGCCUGUACAACAAGGUCAAGUACGGCGUCAUGUACUCGCACACGGAGAAGGAGGGCACGCGGCGCCGCACCCAGGUCGACAGCGUCGUCGAGGGCAUCGGCAUGAACCGCCUGACGGCCGUCCUGGCCGAGGGCCUCGACCUGAUCGACGACGCCGUCGCCGUCAGCGACGAGCAGGCCGAGCGCAUGGGCCGCUGGCUCGUCGAGAAGGACGGCAUCUUCGUCGGCAGCAGCAGCUGCGUCAACUGCGUCGCCGCCGUGGCCACGGCACUCACCCUGCCCGAGGGCAGCAGGGUCGUGACGGUGCUGUGCGACUCGGGCGCGAGGCACCUGAGCAAGUUCUGGAAGAAUAUUGCCGAGGCCGGGCUGGAGGAGCAAGAGGACGCCGACGAGGACCUCCUCAAGAUCCUGGGGCUGGAAAAGAAGGAUUAA